AUGGAACAACACUUUCAGUUAAAGAGACAGCCUCUUCGAUUUUUCUUCAUUGGGAGUUGGCUAUGUUUCACCUUUUUAGGUAAGUUUACAUCCGUUUAAAGUCCUCCCGUCCAACAGUGCCCCGCGUCAAACUUAAAUUACAAGUUUUAUUUUCUUAAGCAGUGAAAAAUAAACAUUCACCACGUGAAAUCCGCUUUUCUUAAUAGGUUUCAAUUAGAUCUUUCUUUACAUACUGAAAAGCUAGAACUAUAUCAAAAGUCUUCAUAAUUGUCUUUAGGAAUGAGGAGAGUGUAAAAAACGUUUUGUAAAACAGCCUUCUAAUUUUUCCCUUUUCGAACACACGAGUUCAUCACCGCAAAGAAGUCAUGAAAUUGGCUACUUUUGUUGAAAACUGAGGUAUAAUUUCACCCCUCAAUUUCUCACCCAAAGAAACCAAAAACUGACGAUUUUUAUUUUGCUUGGCUCCAAGAAAACGUUGAGUUUGAGUUUCAUUUACGUUCAAAUCGAUGUGGUAAACUUUUCCUUACUUACAAGAAUGUCAGUUUCUGAUACAUCAGUUUUCUGAAACUUAAGUUGCUUUUCACUUUUCUUUUUUGCAUGCAAGCUACGUCGUUAGAUGCAUAUUUUAGAUGCCCAGAGCGCUGAAUAAUCUACAAGAAUUUCAUAUCUUUUAUAUCUGGCAAAAAAAAGCAACAAGAAACAAGGAGAUGGAAAAAUAGGAUAGGUAUACCAAUAAACGAUAACUUAAAAAGUUUCAAUUUUACAUCUGUUACCUCUGUGUGAUUGAUUAUUAUGUAAUUAGAACAUACCACAGAAAUUCAUGCAUUUUUAUGAUAUUUCCAUAUCAUCUAUCUCAGUUUCUUUUCCUCUUUUUGUUUUCGCAUUUUUUUGUGCUAUUUUUUUGAAAAUGACGGACAUGUCUAAUAUGAAAAAAGUGAGCGGAAGUCAAAAUUUAAGAGUUUAAUUCAUCACCCUUAUAAAUUUAGAAUUCUUGAUCAAUUACGUUACGUAACAACGUGAAAUGCACAAAUGUCUCAAAUAUGUCUUAAAGAGUACUUUUAUGUCGCCUGAAAGAUAUAGUAAAGUUGUUACUAAUAUGAUUUAGGGUUGUGCAAAGGUACCUUUAAUGUGCGUCAAAGGUAUUAUAUCUUUGACGUGCUAAACAUUAGACUCUUUCUAGCAUCUUCAGUGAUAGCUUUUAAUGCUUUGAUGCCUGUACAUGUUGCAUUCCGACUUUGUCACAUCUUUUAAGUCAAUCAAGUGGUCAAAAGCAAUUUUUGUCCCGUGAUUGGCGUUGUAAAUAAAUCCAAUAAGCAUUAGUUCAGAAUUGAAAAAAAGAUGAACAAUCAACAAAGAUUAAUAAUUGUCUCUCUGAUCAUACUGUCUGUAUGAUUAAUGAUUAGUAUAAAUUGAGAAUAUUACGUUUUCGGCGGCUAAAUUUGGUACGUUUUUACGCUAACAGAAACAGAAACAUUCGAGCAUACACCGUCUGAAAGUGAAUCAAACUGACUUUCAUAAAUCGCACAGUAAACCACUUAUCGGACACUUAGACCUCAAGUACAUCAGCAGAUCAGAGUAGCAAGCUUAUUCAUCUGACUUUUCAUAAUCGUUUUCGUCUUUUAGUUCGAUCCUAGAAAAAGAAAUCGAUUUAAAGUCCUUAAAUUGAAAGUCCUUUCAGUUACAUCGCUUUGGCAACUGAUUUUCAUUGCUAGAGUGCUCUUAAACUGUUCAGGAGUGUAAAACAAAUGCAUUUUAAGUGAAAGGCCAAGUUUCUUUGUUUUGCAUGGCAUAUUUUGCAGUGAUCUGUCAAAUUACUGAAUGUCUACGGUUUUGCAUUCCAUACGCAUACAAACCUUGUUACGUAAUGUUAUGAGCAACUAUCACAUUAUGUCACGUGAUGCUACUGUCUAUCACGCGAGAUCGGGAGACCAGCAUAGCAUCACGUCUGGUGAGCGAGUAGCUACAGGUACCCCAAACGUGUGAGAAUCAUUGCGUAACCAUUGGUAACAGAACUUCCAAUAAGGGUUGGUAUGGGGACUUGACGACGAUCGUUAUUUAAUAACAUUUAAAAUACAUCCGAACUUCUUACCUUGUCUCCCUUUUUAUUUAUGGUUUGUUCAUAGCAUCUUUGGCCGUUUGAGGGCGAUUCCAGCGAUUUCUGGAUACGUCGUUAUACCAAACAAUUUUGUUACGCAACAGCGAUUCUCACACGUGAGCUUGGGGUACCUGUGGAGCAACUUUUGCAUUGUAUGUACCACAUGGUAAAGGUGUAUUUUGGCAGGAUAGAGACACAUUCUCUCUUGACUUUGAAGAAUGUAUCUUGUCAGACUGUCAAGAAAUUGACCAAAUAAUUUCUCAAUUCUGAGCUUAAAUGUCAAGCCACUUUGUUUUGCACGGCACAUUUCACAGUGAUCUGACAGGACUUCAAGCUCAGUACACUCAAAUAGGCCUUUUCAUAAGGUUUGCUGUACAUUAAUCAUUGUUUCACGUCUUUCCCAGUAUUCCUACACGAACAAACUUUACAAAAUCAUGCCAUAGGCAGUGAUCACAUGUUCCUAACAACAUUCACUACCCUCGAUCACGCGUGGCAAUUAGAGAUCGGAAGACCAACAUCACGUCAGUGCAGCGUGCAUGGUUAGAUUUCAGGCAUUCUGCGUUCCGUAUAUCACAUGGUGUAUAUUUCUGCAUUCUCCGUCACGCGAGGGCAGUGUUAGGUUGAAGGUCUCCUUUCGAAUGACCGGCUUUUUCUAAAUAUGUCUGUCGAAAAGAAAAUGCCUUUUAAGUAUUUUUCCUGAUUAACAGGAUUACACAAACGGCCCGCCAACAUGUCGAAUUGUAAAAAGGUGCGAUCUUUACUAUUGACUGUAGCAUACUUCUGAUUGUUUUAAAAAGCCAAAUUUACGAAAAACUUCACUUUUAAUCUCUAGUUUCCCCACUAACUACAGUGGUAACAAAAUAUCUUCUUAAUCUAUAUAAGGAGAAAUCCUAUACGGGAACAUGUGGAAUUGUAAACUGUUCUAUGGCUAUUGUUUUUAAACGCUUAUGAUUGGUUGAAUUCUCUCAACACACAAAAAAAUCCUUUCAAGAUGGGGUUUAAAGACGAUAUAUUUAUAAACUGUUUUUUGAUAGGUCGACGGAUCCUCUAUGUGGAAACAGAAACAUUAAUUCUCGAGUAGGAAAAGGCCGAGGGGGUAUUGUCGCAAAAUUAAAGAAAAUAAUACAGUUUUAACCAUGGUCAUUCCCAGUUUUAAGAUUUCAACAUACAUUGUUUGGUAAGCACUAAAUGGUGAUAUUGGCGAGCGCCCUGAUUAAAUAAAAAGCUUGCAUUCAACAUCAAAUUAACGUAACAUCCGUAAUGUCAGUGUAAUGUGACUAUUCUUUUAUUCUUCUAAACAAAUUGUCUGAAUCCUCGCCUUCUACUUCCAUUAACUAAUCCUGUCAAAUUAAUGCAGUAAUCAUCUGUGUUCAAUUGUUACCAUCUACAUUUUUCUCAUUUUUCCUUUAAUUCAUAUAAUUAGAACAGGGGACAUGUAAAUAAUAACCCUUUUAAGGGUAAAGCUUGAAAGCUUUACCGGUUCCUAGCGCCUAAAUUAGCUGUCAGCUAUUUGUGGCAGAUCUGCUUGUACCUGUAAAUUCCUUUGUUUUUAAUUUAAUUACUGAAAAUGGAAUUAUAACAGUAAAAUAAUGAAACAUGUUCCUGAAAAGCUAAAGAUCAGUCUAGUAAAAUAAAGUGAGAGACCUACAUCGCGUUAUCAUCUCACACGCUCCAUUCACGUGCUGCAGUCUCGUCAGAAUUUAGGGUUACGAUGAUAUCUGGAUUGUUUGGGUCUUUUUACCCACUGAAAUUUCACUUUUCUUAAGGGUAAGGAAGUAAAUAAUGAUGACCCCAAUAAAUACCAAAUAAUUGUCAUUCCGUUCAAAUUUUCUCGUCAUUUUAAUGCGAGUUCCUGAAGUGACUAGCCUGCCGUCACCCUGAUACAUCUAGGUUUAUAUACAGGUUUUGGUUCAGGAGAUUUUCUUUGUUGGUUUGUCAUUAUAGUUCAUUUUAGAGACAAGUUUGUCUGCGCCGCAGUGAUUCUUUCCUACUUGGAGGUUUUAAUUGAUUUUUUAAAAAAGUUUUUGAAAUUCCACAGUCUUCAAAAUGCCGACUCUCCUGUAUUAUGCUGUAUAUUUUACGUGUUUCCUUCUCCAAAGCAACGGUAAAUAUCAAGACGAUUCUGACAAUGCCGAGAAGAUAUAAGAUAAGUGAUCACUAGCACGUUUCUAACUCUGUAUUUUUCUUUAGCUUCAAGUGCAGCUGCCUCCCCGUCAAAUAGUAGUAAUGCUGCUUCAUCAAGUGCCGCAGGUGAGCGACGGAUGAAAACAUCAUCAGAAUUUUUCAUGUGUUCCUAGUUUCUAAUACUGCAUUAUUUUCUUCACCGCUUGCAGUAUCAAGUACUUCAAGGGUAGUUCUUCGCUCGACAACUGUGUCCAGCAAUUAUGCUAUUUCGCCAAGUGCCUCAGGCCUCGCAGGUAAGCAAAGGAUGCAACAUCAUUGCAUUUUCGAUGUGGUUCUAAAGUAAUCCCUUUACUAACAUUGCACCUUCUAUCAUUUUACUUACAGCUUCACAAUCAACGUCCCCCAUACUGAGCACAACAAGUGUACCUCAACCCUCAAAUACACCGCCAGGAGUAGGCAUUAGCAGUGUUACCGGUAAGUAGUUUUUUGCUUUCCUCAUGGUAUGAGCGCCAGAAAGUCGACUCGCGAUUAGACGCGCGCCACGCGUGGGAAGCGAUUUUCCUGCACUUUCGUGUCAGACAAUGUGCGGAAAUGAGCAAAUUUUUAUGUUUUCUAUAGAGCCUGAAAGUUUAUUCUGCAUCCAUCUGAGCUUGCUUCCUAUCUUUCAAACAUAACAUUCGUCCUUUUUAUCCUUUUUGUCUUAUAGCUUCGCAAUCAAGUGUCGUCAUAGAGACUUCGUCACCUGCUUUUCCUCAAAAUUCGAAUAAUACAGCGGUCAACGGUACUGGUAAGUUUCUAAUGGGAUCUCAUGCAGCUUCUUUUUUAUCCUUAAACAUGCAAACAGCUAAACCACGACCAAAAAUAACGAUACAGCUGCUGCAAUUAAAAUUGUUAAUUUUUUUUUAACCGUAAGACCACAAGGUCAUGGAUAAGCUGGGGGAUUUUCUAGGGCAUUCCGACGACAGGAUUUUACUUUUUCUCCCCUGACUGUGCCACGACAGCUUAUUUUAUUAUUUGUCUGGUUUGUCAAUUACACACUGCUUAAAACUCAAAUUAACGUUAACACGCAGAGGGCAAAAUCGCAGUUUCAUGGCCAACAGACUUGUUUCCCAAACGUCGUAAUUUAACGUUGCUAACAACAGACUCGAAUAAUAAUAAUAAUAGUAAUAAUAAUAAUGAUGAUGAUGAUGAUGAUGAUAAUGAAUUGACAGGCUGAAUUGUUUUCAAACCGUUAGCAACAUGUCUUAAUAAGUCUUCCUAAUUUUAACCAUCCAUGUUUUAUUUUGUAUUUGCGGAACUAUUUAAAUGUUCUAAAUGAAAAGAAAAAAUCAAUUCACUUUAACAUAUUUAUAAUGAGCCAGUCAGUCUUGGCUAACAUGAUUACGCGACAAAGCUCUUUUCUACUCUCGUUGUCUGUAGAUUCGCCGACAGUUGAUGAAGCCUCUAGCCGAGACCUGUGGCGUACUGUUGGUAUUGCUGUUGGGGUUUCAUCGGGAUAUCUUCUUCUUGUCGCCGGGCUGAGCUUCUAUGUCGAAUGGCGACGAUCGAAGCGUCCAUCAAAGAAAUCAGAGGUGAAGAAAGUGUCUGUUUCACCUGCGUCUGCAAAUGGUAAACGAUUUUCUGUUUCUUUUACAUUUUAGUAAAUUCAAAUAUUCAUUGUAAGCCUCAUGCAAUAUAAUGACUUUUACUCCACAUGCCAAAGUACCUUUUAAGGUGGCUCCUGGAAAUUUUAAUUAUAGCGGCAAUACCUCCUACGUUUGGAGGAUUAAUUAUGUCACCCCUAACAAAGUUUUUGGAAAAUGGUUACCACAGCGGUAUUUGGUAAAGAGGAAAAUUUAUUUGUACCAGUGUUAUAUUGACACUGGGAUUUGAGUUUGUCAUAGCAACGUGAUAACGUCACCGUCGAUUGUUUUUCACGGUCAUUGGAGGUUUUUUCGAAAAUCAUUGUCAAGGGCUUGUACCUCCAAAAGCUACCUCGACGACAGUUAAGUAUGAAAGCAUCUUUCGUAAACUAAAGUACGUAUGCCUAAUUCUGAAAAAUGUCAAUCAUGUACUUAACAACAGAAAAGUGCAGCUAUCAUAUUUGUUGAGCCUUCCCUCUUCAUUAAUCGAGCAAAUACUAAUUUUGAUAUCUUAUAACUGCAACAACAUAUAACCAGGCUUUCACACUGGCUUUAAACUUAGUUUCUUGUGCAUUUUUUCUUCUUUAUCAUAGUCAACGCCGCUUUUACUGGAGACGUUGAAGAACAAGUUGCAAACGGCCAUGUUGUCGACGGCACUAACAUGGUUAUGAAGGAGAAGCAGAACGGUGUUUUGACUUCUCACACGGACUAUGACAAUAUGAAGUUUCCCAGACACGAUCUGGAAUUAAUUAAGAUCCUGGGUAACGGUGCCUAUGGUCGAGCCUACCUGGUGCUAGCUACUGGCAUUCGUGAUUGUGAAGAUAAAACCACGGUUGUUGUCAAGUCGUUGCUUAGUGAUGACGAGAACGUGCGUGAAGAGUUCAAUUACGAAAUGAAUGCGUUACGUGGAUUACAGCAUAAAAAUGUUAUCACGCUACUUGGCUUCUGCAACGAGGUGGAGCCCAUUUACCUGAUAUUUGAAUCAGUGAAUAAGGUAUGUAUUUUUCAGUUAACGCUUACUAACUGAUCCAAAGCGAAACAGACUCUCUCCGUGUGCACGGUUGCCCCUCUGACAUCAAUUUCGCAAUGCCAGCCGCAUGCGCACUAAGUGUUUUGGCGGGAACUGACUGUGUAUCGUACGACUCGAAGACGCCAAUGAGAAAGCGCAAAUGCACAGAGUUGAAAAAUAAUUCGUAAAAGAGCAUGAAGUUUGAUGAAUAACGUAAGAACCUAAAAGCUAAAAGAUCUGUUUUUCCCCCGCGUAUUAAUUGAUUUCUUCCGUUUCUCAAUAUAUAUUCGAGUUGAUUCUGGUUUGUUUGUUUUUGUUUUUGUCUUUUGCUGUUUGGCAUGAGAGACCUCUAGUCUUCGCUUAGAAGGGUGUUUUGUGAUGUCAAGGUUCUCACUAAAGAACUAUUUUCUUGAAAACAACUGAACUAGAGGGGCGAAUAUUAUUAUUCAACUCAUUUAUCUGUUGGGUUUCUGUUUCUCUAUCAGGGUGACCUAAAGCAGUUAUUACUGGCAUGUCAGAAUAAUAAUCAAACCACACUGAACUUAAAUCAGAAACUCGCCAUCUGCGAACAAGUCGCUUCCGGGAUGACUUAUCUUAGCUCGCAAAACUUUGUCCACAAGGAUCUCGCGGCGAGAAACUGCUUGGUCGCAGAAGACCUUCAGGUAAAGAUAAGCUUCCUGAAGCUCAGUUCAGACGUGUACAGUGCCGAGUACCACAGCCUCAAUAACGUUAAGGUACCCCUCCGAUGGAUGCCUCCUGAGGCGAUUUUUGAUAACAAUUUCUCUGAAAAGAGUGAUGUCUGGUCAUACGGUGUUCUAGUAUGGGAGAUUUACUCUUCCGGUAAGAUGCCGUAUAAUGACUUGUCAAACGACGAAGUCCUGAAAUGCGCCCGAUAUGGCCUUCGUCUUACCAACCCUGAUAACUGCCCUGCUAGUGUGUCGAGGGCUGUGCAGAAAUGCUGGGAGGCAAACCCGCUGGAACGACCGACUUUCUCGGAGCUAUUGGUUGUAAUUAACAGCGCUGGGAUGGACACUCACCUAUGA